UUCCUGCGCAUGCGCGGGGAGAGGAGCGCGGUUGCGCCCCGUGUGCAGCACUGAAAUGUGUUCGGCUUCGCAUGACAGGACCAAGGGCAGUGAGGCGGGGGGAGGCGGCGGAGCCGUGCUCCGUUACCGUAAUGGCACGUAUAGCAGCGCCGCCGUGUUUCUCGUCCCGUGCGCUUCGAAGCGAUCACUAACAGCCGUGCUGCUGCGAGGCGGUGCGGCCGGGGCCGCGGGCGGAGCAUGGGGUCGGGGGAGCUGAUGCAGAAGAUCAGCAUCGGCGCCGAGAGCCCCCGGGGCGGCGAGAGGAGCGACGUCGGCUCCGGGCUGGCCGUGGCCGAGAGGGGCCCCCCCGGCUCCUGGAGGCAGAAGUGCGCGGCCUACGUGCUGGCCCUCAGGCCUUGGAGCUUCAGUGCCUCCCUCACGCCGGUGGCCCUCGGCAGCGCGCUGGCGUACCGCGCCCAAGGAGCGCUAGACCCGGGGCUGCUGGUGGGGAGCGCUGUGACUGUCCUGGCUGUGCACGGAGCAGGCAACCUGGUGAAUACCUACUACGACUUCUCCAAAGGCAUUGACCACAAGAAGAGCGAUGACAGGACUUUGGUGGACCAGAUUUUAGAGCCCCAGGAUGUGGUCCGGUUUGGAGUCUUCCUUUACACUGUGGGCUGUAUCUGCGCUGCUGGGCUCUACUGCGUCUCCACGCUCAAGCUGGAGCACCUGGCCUUGAUUUACUUUGGAGGACUUUCCAGCUCCUUCCUUUAUACUGGGGGAAUUGGAUUUAAAUAUGUUGCACUUGGAGACGUGGUGAUCCUGAUCACCUUUGGGCCCCUGGCUGUCAUGUUUGCCCAUGCUGUGCAGGUUGGUUAUCUGUCUGUCUCGCCACUGCUCUACGCUGUCCCACUAGCUCUCAGUACUGAGGCCAUCCUGCACAGCAACAACACGCGAGACAUGGAGUCUGACCAACAGGCGGGUAUUGUCACCCUGGCUAUCCUCAUCGGCCCUGCCUUCUCCUACAUUCUCUACACCGUGCUGCUCUUCUUGCCCUACCUGAUUUUCUGUGUGUUGGCCACACGCUACACCAUCAGCAUGGCAUUGCCACUUCUCACCAUCCCAAUGGCAUUUUCACUGGAAAGGCAGUUUCGGAGUCAGAGCUUCAACAAAAUUCCUCAGCGGACAGCCAAACUCAAUCUCCUCUUGGGGCUCUUCUAUGUUUUUGGUAUCACGCUAGCACCUGCCGGUGCUCUCCCCAAACUGUAACGGGAGCUGUAGAGUCAGGCCUCACAACUCAGUAUUAACAUCAAUUAACAGUGGUUGAUGUGGGUGGAUGACUUGUUACAUACAGUGGGAAGAAUGGAGAGACUUCCUUGAGCUAAUGAUUGUGAAUUUUAUAAUUUCUGGUCUCAGUUAGCUUGUACAACAGACUUCUGAGGAGUGCUUUGUCAGUUCUUUGGAAGGGAUGAACUGUGCUGCUUUGCUUCAGGGGAAACAAUGCAACAUGAGAACAAGGAAACCCCUGCUUCUGCCACUGAGUUCUGAGGGGCUUUCACUGUUAAUGGAAGUAAGACUGAGCCUCAGAUAUACACUCUCCUUUCCAUGUACAAGCACAAUGAUUGCUCUUAUGACUCCUUCACCACAGUCAAGGGCUUCCAGGGGCUCCUGCGUGGUAAACACAAAACACUGCCAAAUGUUUAGUGUCGCAACGAUGCAGGUGCUAUCACUUCACUCCCUUGUGACCAUAGUUCAUCUUCAUCUGUUGUAUAUUUUAAUCUUUUUUGUUUUGUUUUGUUUUUUUUCCUAGCCAAAUUUUGAGCUUAUGUUUCCCAGCCCCCUGGAAGACACCAGAUACUCAUGCGUUCCCUGUUGCCUCUGCUUAUUCCUUAUAGACUAUGUGUUUCUGUGGUAUGCUGAUGCUAAAAUGGAGCACGACUGGCCCACUGCACAAGCUUUAAGACAAAAACGAGUGAACUUAUAUCCGUCUAAGAAAGUUGAAGUCAUAAAUGCAAAUUACACAACUGAAAGGCCUUCAGUGCCUAGGAAAACCAGUGGCUUCCAUUUCUGCAUUUGCGUAGGGUUUACUCUCUGAAAUGACAGUCUUGGAGUUAAGGGGAUCUGACAGACAGGGUGACAAAAUUCUCUGGCUGGAUACAGAUUGAUGGAUAUUUGUGUGGGAGCACAAAUUCUUAGUUUAAAAAAUGGAUUUUUCCAGUUGUCAUUCUCUCUAUUUAGAGGCCCAGAGUAUUAUAGCUUAAUGUCCUAUUAUAAGAAGCCCUGUAAGAAGCCCUGGUGGCAGCAAAGGAGAAAGAUACAAGAUUAGCAGGAAGAAGUCAGGAUUAUUGCAUUGGCUCUGCGUACAAAUUGAAACUGGGAAAGGGAAGGAAUUAUUUUUGCUAACAUGUUCUUUUUCUAAUGGAGUCCAGGGUUUGUGUGACUGAAAUCACAUUUACGAUAGGUUAGCUGCAAAGUGGAGUUCCCCACCUCUUUCCCUCUCUACACCUUAUGAUGUGUUUUUAUUUUCUUCUGCAAAUCUUGCCAUUUGAUUCACAUGGCCUUUUGGGGAGUGGGUUGUUUCAGCUAGUAUGUAGCUGUGUGAAAAACAGACCAUGCCAAACUCAACUGGGAAAAACCAGUGAUUUUCAGUGGCGCCAUAACCUAGGAUGAAUUUGGUCCAUUCCAUGUUUCCCGGUGGUAGUUGAACUCUCUUCUGAGUUGAAGAAAAAGUAUCAGUUUCCUGUAUGUAGAGUUUUGGUGAAAUGUUUGUUCACAGGAGUUGCGUAAAGGUUGACUGGAAUUGAUACAGACGUUGGACAGGAGCUGCUGGUGCCAGGAGCGCACAGCCUUGCUUUUGAACCAAAAGGGAGUGAGCUUUUAAAUGUGAGCAAUAAACUACCAACAGGGAGCUUAGCAUUAUGUCAUAGGUAACAUGCCCUUGUGGUGUUCAUCUGAUAAUGUUGGGUGUUAUUAGUGGAGUGUACUGACAGCAGUAAAGCUGAGUCGAUGCAAGGUUACAUAGUACAGGUAGUUAAGUGACUGUUUUUAUGGCUUCAUGUUACCCAGCUGUUGGUCUGCUGCUUCACAGCUGAGUUGUACUCAACUGUGAGGAUUCUCUCCAGGCAGAUUUUACAAGCCCCAGAUUCACCUCUUAUUAAAAUUGGGCAAAUGAUCUCUAAUCUCACUAGGCACAAGCCAAAAAGGAGAUGGACUUCAGCAACCGUGUGCUGUUUUCUACACCGAAAGAUUUGGUUAGAUUAGGAACAGGGUGAGAAGAUGCUGAAGUUCAGCUCAGCCAAAUGGACGGAGAUACCCAGAAGCUUUUGAAAGCUGCUUUUAAGACAGACGUAUACAACACAGUCUACUGUUACUUCAUUGCACACCUAAAGAAGAGCCUGGCUUAGAGACCCAUUUAACUUUUCUGCAAAGCAAAAGACAUGGACCUGAGUUGGAGAAUCUGUUAACCUUACACUUGGGGAUAGGUGGUUUUUUAGGUUAAUCCCAGCAUGGCUUUGUUGCUACCCUUCUUAGCAGCUGAGUGCUUUGUUUUGGGAUAGCUUGCUCUUGUAUGCUAUCUGUUUAAAAGAAUGGAUAGUUACCUUUUUCUGUUCCUUUUCCAUACAGUGGAGUACUCGAGCUAAAUUCCUUAAAAUAACUAAAACAUGGCUCAUAUAUUUGAUAACUGCAAUUCUUGUACUGGUGGAGAGGAAAAUCUAGAAAAAGGCUGUUGAUUGAGUAGUGUAUGUAACUGUAGUUGUAUCUAAGCUAUCACUUACCAGUAGAGAAAAGCUCCCUGUGCAGGAUGCCUGCUUGCUGCUGGGAAGGACCAGCAUUUUUUGUUACAGAGAUGAAGCAAGAAUCACUAGUACUUGUCUGGGUGGGAGGGUUUCAAUGCAGUAUAAUACUAGGAAUGGGAUGAAAAUCCAUCUAAAAUGCUUUUGAUUCCCUGGCUGUAAAAAAGACUAUCAUUCCAGGCUUUUAAGGAUAUUGAUAAUAAAUAACAUUGUUUCUUCACUGUGGUUUUGAGUUGUUCAACUUCUCUGGGUCUCAGAAAACAGAGCUCAUUUUUGCCUACCUCACAGGGAUGCUGAGCUGAUGUCAUUGUUGUGAAGAGCUUUGAAAAUAAAAUAUGCUUUAUCUCGGUGUGUUUUUCAAAAGCAUGUUAGUAUUAGAAAACCUUUAGGUAUAAACUAACCUAACAGAUGAUUUUUAACCAAUAUAGGUAGACCAAAAUAACCUCCACACAGACACUGGGUGGUAAGAGAGGUUUCUUUCUUGGUUUGUUUUACGAUGAGGAUACUGGGUCUCUUUCCCUACCCCUCUCAUCUCUGCCCCAUGCUAUUUCCCCCAAAUACAAACUUUUCAAGUCCUUCUUUCAGGACUCUCUUGACAAGCUGUGUGCAGUGUGAUGAGUCUACGUAGGUAGAUGAACAGAUUUGUAGUCCACCUGUUCAUGUGUCCUAAAACAUGUUCUGGCCUUUCUUCUUAUCUAGAGAAAAAAAUCAAUAAAGUGUUUGAAUGUUAAUCUGUUAAAUAUGCUGUGCUUAAUUAUUUUAAAUCACUCCGGAUUGUAUUUCUGCACAUGUACUAGAGCAUCCUUCUGGAAGGAGAAUAGUCUUGGUCUGCAGUGUUUAUUUAUGAUAUGGGUGCAUGAAAGCACAAUACUUCUCUGUGAAAGAGGCUUUCUGUGAACCACGUAGUUCUGUCCUUCCAUAUCAUGGGAUAAAAAAAUUCAGUAGCAGUGAUCAUCUCAUACUAAUGGCAGACUUCAGUGUUGUUCCAGUGUUUUCAUCAAGGAGCAGAAUUUCCUUUGAUGCAGUUUUCUGUGCCACAUACUGUUCAGCAUUUGUAAUGAGAUUUCAGCUGAACUUUUAAUCUUUUUAAUAAAGAUGGACUUCCUCAUCA